CAUCUCCCCCGCUCUCUCCUCACAGAUGAGCGGACCGAUCGGAGGUGAGUGUUUCUUCUCUUUACAUCUUCAUUGUUGAUGGAUCACAGAUUAAUAACAGAUGAUGUGUUGUACGAUAAAUAUACAUAUCUCAGAUGUUAAUUGUUCCAAUAACAAAUCAAUGAUUAUUCAACGUAUUUAUUCAAUAAUUAUUCUUUUCUAAAAUCUCAUUAGUUUCAAAACAUUCCCUGAACAUUUGUUGUUGUAAUGAGGACAGCGGACUGAGAUUUACAUCAGACUCAAGACCGUGAUCCAGUGGGUCCAGCCCCAGAACCACCAACAGAACAUCUGGACUUCAUUCGGACUGGUUGAAAGUUUCAGUCCGUGUUUGAGGAUUUGAGAGGAAUAACCAGCUCGGGUUACAGCUGAGGACUUGAGUGAAGACACUUAUCUGUGAUUGUCUGACACUAUCCAUUUCCUCCUAAUGGACCCACCGGAGCAACCGACGUUAGCCUGCGUACACCACUCACUCCUCCCCGUGGAACCGGAACCAUUAGACCCAGCCCCCCCCAGCCCCCGACCAUGGAUCAAUGCACUGGAAGACACACGGAUGUGGACAUCUCCACCUACCACCUCCUCGGCUCCCCCUCCUCUGCCUCAAACAAUGACCUCUGACCUCCACCACGUCACCAUGGAAACCUUCUGGAGAGAGGUGCGCAGCAUCGAGGAGGAGAUUGAUGGAGAGGAAGAAGAGGAGGAGGAUGAGGAGAUGAAGAGCAUAGACGAGGUGGAGCUGGAGGAGGCGUGGCUGAUGGAGGCAGGGCUAUCCUCCCUGGUCACCUCCUCUUUGUCGGAGGAGGUGCCGCCGCCCGCCGAGGUGCUGCUGUCCACGUUGACCCGACAACAAGCCGCCACGGUGAGGAGGAGGCUGGACAACUACAGCGAGACGCUGAAGACCAGAAACCGGAAGCCAAUUAGAGACGUCCGAGACGUCUUCACCGAGCCCAACGAUGAACCAGCAGAGAGAUGUCCCGCCCCCCCGUCCCCCCCCGAGUCACCACUGAGUCAAUACCACACCACUACCAAAACCAUUCGGCGAAAAGCUCACAGAGUUCGAUCAACUCUUCCUACAUUUGUUUUUGAAGAUCAACCUCCUGAACACUCGUCAUCCUCAACACACACACUCUCUCCGACGCGCACACACUCUCUUUGUGUCAGUUGGUCGGGACAAGCUGAUUGGCUGCUGCGAGACUCUCCGUACUCGGAGGGCGUGGCUGAGCACAGGAGGGGCGGGACGUGUCAGGACUGUGUCCGUUUCCAUGGAAUCGAUGGUGGGGAUGUGCCGUUUGUACCUGUCGCACCCUCUCAGGGCCUCGUCUCGGCAGACGACUUGUCACCAUGUGACCUCACCCGCCUCGGCUUCAUCUCCCACAUCGAGCUCUCCACCUUCCUGCUCGCUCUCGGGGUACAAACCAAAAGGCCUCGCCCGCCGCGACGAAAGACCCGGGAUAGCGGCGUCUUCGCUGUUCCUCUCAACUCGCUGUUAGAAAACGACAAGAAGAAGUUUCCAGAAGUUAAGGUUCCUGUCGUCUUCCAGAAGUUGUUGUGUACUUUAGAGCAGACUGGUCUGCAGACUGAAGGGAUUCUCAGAGUUCCAGGAUCAGCUGCUCGACUGAAGUACCUGCGUGGAGAGUUAGACAGGUGCUGUGGAGAGUUCGACUGGUCUACAGUGAGACAGGUGGAGGCUGCAGGUCUGCUGAAGCUUUUCAUCAGAGAGCUGCCGACACCUCUGCUGACACACACACACCUGUCCACCUACCGCUCUGUGCUGGGUGUGUCCUCAGUGGUCCACCAGGUGCAGGCUCUUCAGCUGCUGUCGUUGUUGCUUCCUGAAGAGAACAGAGAAACACUCAGAGCUCUGCUGGCCUUCCUACGUAAGGUGGUCUCUCAUCAGGACCAGAACAGGAUGUCUCUGUGGAAUGUCUCCAUGGUAAUGGCACCAAACCUGUUCACCUACUCACAACGUGGCAACAAGCGCUCCAUCGCCAAGCAGCGGGAGGGGAUGGAGGAGGCGGUGGGUGGAGCUCACCUGGUCCGGCUGAUGAUAACACACCAGGACCUUUUGUGGACCGUUCCCAGCUUCCUGCUCUCCCAGGUGAGACAGAUGAACCAAGCAUCCAAUCAGAAACAGUUUGACCUAACUAAAGCAAAAAGACGACUGCUGAGAAGGAAGAACGACAGAAACCAGAUCACAGAGCUGUGUGCAGGUGUGAUCAGGGUUCAAGCCCCCCUGCACACCAAGGUUUCCAUGGCAAUACAGCUUGAUGGACAGAUGAGAGCCAAAGACAUCAUCACGCGCUUUGAGUGUGACCACAGCAGUUCUGUUCAGCAUCUGUAUGAAGUUGGAGGAAACAUCUGUGAGCGGCGGCUCCACCCUGACUGCCUCCUAUUGGACGUCUACAGAGUGAAUCCUGGCUGUGAUUGGCUGAUCAAACCCUGAAGAGCACUUUAUUCAUUUCUUCUGUAUUUGAUACGUAUUUUUAUUGUUCAAUCAUCAGAUGAAACCUUUGUUCACUGAUAUGUUGUAAAAAGUGCUCAUAUUAAAAACAUAAAGAGCA